GAGUACUACCCGUUCCACCAGCUGGCGAGACUUCGGGAACAGCAGCGCGUGGCUCAUGCCCUUUGGCCUGGCAGCCUCGAGGAUGGAGCCCCGGGACGCUGGGCAUGCCAUGGAGUCCUCCCAGACAGGAGCCGGGAGGCCCACUCUACGGGAUGCCGUGCCAGGCUGGACAGCGCUCGACGGCAGCGCCUCCGAGCCCUCACCCAGGACUACGUCCCCCGGAAUGGCAUGGAGCACCACCGAUGGGAGCGACUUCAUGGCCAUGGACGUCGUCUACCCCACCGUCGUCAGGAUGGAAAGGAGAGGAGGUGGCACAAGUUGUCUGACCUUCCCAUGAAUCGAAGGGCCGAGAAAGUGCUGCGCACGCUGGGCUGGGAGCUGCAGGUUGAGUUUGAGCACCUCCCGGAGGAGCUCCUGGCCAGCGAGCGCUACCUGGAGGCCAUCAUCGGCAUCAUCGAGCUGAAGGCAGGCGUGCGAGCUGGUGACGAGGAGAGAUCUGCCUUCAGGGGCGUGAUGCUUGAGAACAGCCGACGACGAGACGAGACCCUCUCACAGUAUGUCACCCGCAGGACCCGGGACUUCACGAAGGCCGCCCUCUUCGGCAUAGCGAUUCCGGAGGAGUUCAAAGCUUCCAUGCUUAAGGAGGGAGCGGGAUUGACAGACCAAGGUCUUCAGAACCUCAUGGCUCUCUUGCAGGGUCACGACAACUCGGCCGACCACGUGGCUGCGACGCUGGCCCGGAUGGACGUGAGGUCCGAUCGCCUCACCGCCUUCUCCGAGGAGGGUCCCGGCCCGUGGCCCUCGGAAAGCUACUUAGCAGGCGAGGAGCUGGACUCGAUGGACGAGGGCGAGGCUACGCGGGAGGAGAUCGCGCAGGACGAGAACAUCCUGUCCGAGCUCACCGGCUUGGACUUCACGGACGACCAGGCGGCGUUGGUCUUCGCGAUCAUGGAGAACCGCAUGCCACGGCGGCGCAGAACGUGGCGAGAAAACAAGAAGUUCAAGGCCGAGCUUCGCAAGGACCGCUCCAGCUUCACGAAAGGCCAUCCUGCUGAGGGUCGAUCGCCGGGAGCCCGACCUUCGCUCCCGAAGGACCAGUUGCGAAAGCUGUCCAGGUGCCACAACUGCGGGCGUCGCGGCCACUGGAAGGACGAGUGCCCCGUUGGCAAGAGCUCUGAACGUGCGGACCGAGGAGACGGUCACAAGGUGCAGGGGUUCUGCUACCUUGGCGGAUCCCUGCAAGGCGCCAGCAGCAACAGAGACCACGACAGCAGCGACUUCUUCGUGGGAACUUCGUUCUUCUCAGGCGAGAACUCGAGCUUCGCCGUCCUCCUCGGGGAGCCACUGGUGCUGGCCGAUCGAGAGCGGGCCUGGAGCUUCUUGUCGCUGCCUGCUGGCAUGGGUAUACUCGAUACUGGAGCAACACAGGAUCUGAUAGGAACAGUCGCUCUGAAGUCUCUCGAAGAAGAGUUGGGGCGAAGCGGGCUUCGAGUCAUCGAUGUACCAACCACAGGUACGGCGCCCUCCGGCAUAGGAGGAUCUGCCAAGAUCGUCCGCACGGUCCUAGUUCCAACUUCACCCGGCGGCAUUCCCGGGGUCGUGCAGUUUGCGGCCAUCGAGGGCAACAUCCCGCCUCUGCUGUCCGUAGGACUCAUGGAGCACUUAGGCACCCAGCUGGAUUUGGUUAGCAAUCGCAUCCACUUCCGGAACAUAGGGGUGGAUGCCAAGAUGGUCAAUCUCCCAUCCGGACAUCGGGCGCUGCCACUUGUGCAGUGGCCUGGCGGCAGGUUUCCAGUGCCGCAAACUGCCAAGGCGCAGUAUGGCCUUGCCGAUGACGCUUUCAUGAAGGAUGGCUCAAUUGCCCAGAUGGGUAAUGUGACGGCAAUCCGCCGACCCCAAUUCGAUUUGUGUCCCCGUCGUCUUCAACAUGGAACAACCCCCUCCCUCGGGGGAGGCGACGGGCGGCGUCAAUGUGUGUUCGCCAACCGGUGGCGGCAGAUGAUUGUCCGGAUGCUGUACCUCUUCGAAGCGCUCCGGACUCGAUACUUCCACUUGGCCCAGAGGGAGAACAACGACAAGAGCAUCUUCUCCGAGCGCAGGAAGUACCUGGUGGACGACGCCCAGGCACCGGCCAAGUGUCUACACCCUCAGCCGCACAUCGCAAGGGCGAACCAGUACGCAACAUGGACAGUUUGCCCGAAGUGCAAUGCCAGGCAGACGUAUGUUUCCAAGCGGAACCCGACUGCCAAGAGCAAGGCCCGCGCCCGGAGCACGGUGGCCCCUCACGCAGUGAUCAGUCCGGACAUGGUGGACAGGACAGCAGGAGCGUUCAGGCCAGCGGCGAGGAUGACGGCCUCCGGAGCGCGAUCGAGCAGCGAAGUGCCCAACGACACGAUCCACCCGGAGCUCAACGCGACCCUGCAGGCCAUGGCCACCUCGUUCCAGAACGUCGGGGAGGCGCUCCGGGAGCUGACUCGAGGACAUGAGGCACCUGACCGUGCGAGAGGCCCAGGAGCUGGCUGGAUGACGGUGUCGCUCUUGUCCCUGUCGUCCUCAGCCAUGUCAUGGAAUCAGAUGUCCGAGCCUCUGCAGCAUCUUGUGGGUCAGGCCGGGGGCGAUCAGGCGACAUGGAUGGUGCACUACGAGGGCAACUUCGGAUCAGAGGCUCCCCGGGCAAGCUCAACAGAGGCCUCUACCUUCACAGCUCCCUCCUGGACGAGGCUCCCGUGGACCACGAGUACGCUGGAUGAACCUCGACGUGGACAAGUGGUGCUAUGGCAUGAAGUCCGACGACCCGACGGCACAUGUCAGGAGCAAGGCCCAGGAGAUUCGCGUGUGGGCGCUCUGCAGCAAGGCGAACUACAGGUACGAAGAUGGUGCUGUCCUCGACACAUGUGGCUGGUACACACCUUGCGCGACCCUUUGGCUCCGAUCGUGGGUAUCAAUGGAAAAGGGCAGCCGUCCGAGGACGGGCCGUUUUGGAUGAUUCGAGCACUGCGGCUCCACGACGAGAUCCUCCCCAACGACGUCGACUCCUACGUCAACCUGGAGGAGCUCAGGCGGGCCGAAGGGGGCCUGGUCGAGCUGGCGCGGAACCAGCACCGCGAGGCCACCGGCUCUCAGGUGGACUUCGUCGAGGUCUUCAAUGACACGGCUGCUACCGACCGGGCUCAAAGUCGAGGACUACGAGUGCCGGCGAGCCACGAGAACUUCACGUACGCGGCUGGCUGGAGCGCAGCCGACAAGCUGCACCGUCGACGUCUUCGUCACUUCAUGGAGCAUCGGCGACCUGGCGUGGUGGCCAUGCGAUGGAGUUCCGAGAAUCAGCCCACUGGAUCGCCCCGUGAACGUGUGGAGGCGGGCGUGAACGACAACAUGGCCUUGGAGAUAGCGGCCCUACAGCUCGAGCAAGGCCGCUCCUUCUUCGUAAGAGCGCCAGCCGACUCCUCGCUAUGGACUCAGGUCAAGUGGCUGGAGAUGGCAAGGUCUCCUGCCGGAAGGGUCCGCGUCUCGAAGGAUGGCGACUACAUCGUGGCCACCAACAUGGACACCCCGGUCGGAGGCCUCCGGUUGGAGACGAACUACGAGGACGGCCAGGCGCCGACAGCCACGACAAGUGUUUCGGCCAGCACAGUGGAGUCCGAUCCCGGAGAGAGACUGGCUGCACAGCUUCUUCAACAAGCAGACUACUCUCAGGCUGCGUGCCUGAAGCUAUUGAGGGAGACAAAGUGGCCGCGCCAGCGGGUUCGCAGGCGCAGCAUGGAUGGAUCAGCGAACUAUCAGGUGCUGGGCCAGUACUCCUACGGCAAGUUUGCGGGGCUGACACUGGCAACCUACCGCCUGCCCAACACUAUUCGUUAUCUCAACUACUUCCUCACACGCCACGGCGCCCUCGGUACCCGAUCCUCCAUCGUGGUCUCCCGGAACGCUCAGGUUAAGCCUCACAGGGACAUGAACAACAUCGGUCAGAACCACAGCAUCGCCCUCGGCCAGUUCAAGGGCGGCGAGCUAUGGCAAGAACAUCCGCAAGGACAGGUUUGCAAGGAGGUCAACGGCGUCAAGGUGCCCGGGGUUCUCAGAAAGCAUCGCGGCCGAGUGCUACACUCUGUUGAGCCGUGGGAGGGCGAGAGGUGGGCCAUCACCGCAUUCACCACUAGAUCCGCUGCACAUCUGACCCCCGAGCAGGAGUCGCUGCUACGCGACUUCGGGUUCGAGGCCAAGGGCGACGGCCACAGGGCGAGCACGUUCGCCGCAGAGGCCACCAAUGAGCUAAUAGACCAGGUCUGGAAGCAGACUUCCGGGGCACCUCGUGCUGUGUGGAGCUUCCCCAGCACGACGAUGGACGAGACUGAGGCGGACGUCGAGGGCCUCGGGGCCGCCGAGUACGAACCCGUGGUCCGCAAUGCGCCUCUCGAGCAGGAGCCUCAGGUUUCGCAGCAGCAGCGAGACUUGAUCAAGAAACUGCAUAUUAACACAGGCCACCCCCCGGAGGAUCGGUUCCUUCGAACCCUCAAAGCAGCCGGAGCGCUUCCGCACGUUCUCAAAUACGUGCGGGACAAAUUUGUCUGCGAGACAUGCCAGGUGAAGCGGGGGCCAGAUCCCAGGAGGAAAGCUCAAUGCCCGAGAAUUUUUACCUUUAAUAAAGUCCUGAGCAUGGACGUCUUCUACGUGCCCUUCCGCGACUCCUUGGAGCCCGUGUUGAAUGUCGUGUGCCAUGGCACCAACUACCAGCUGGCCCAGAGGAUCGAGUCUACUUCGGGAGCCCCUUCGGCGCAGGCAACCUGGAGGGCGCUGCUCAACACGUGGGUGAGAUAUCUGGGAGCCCCCAGCCUUAUCAUCACGGACGGAGGCAAGGAAUUCCAAGGAAGAUUCGAGCGAGGGCUUGAGCAGCUUGGAGUACUUCACCAUGUGACGGCCCCGGAAUCUCCGUGGCAAAACUCCCGAGCUGAACGUCACGGGGGCUGGUUAAAACAGAAAUUGGUCCAGGAACUAGAUUCCGGGCGUGGAGUGGUCACCACCAAGGAAGAUCUCGAUGAACUACUUUCUUCCCUGGUGGCCGCCAAAAAUAGGUGGUAUAAUCACGGUGGCUACACACCUACGCAACUAGUAUUCGGGGAACUUCCCCGGGUGCCGGGCGAACUCCUUUCCUCCGAGGACGCCAGCCUUCAGGUUCUCAGCGACGCUUUCCACGAUCCUGCUGGGAUGGACGAAGCGGCCACAGAAUACAAGAAGCGACACGAAAUACGAGAAAGAGGUCGCCAGCUGGCCAUGGAAGAGGCAAGCCGUGAGACCAUCAAACGAGCUGCGAGGACUACAACGCAUCCAUGCCGCAACUGGGUGCCAGGACAGUGGGUCUUCUGCUUCAGGCGGGGCAAGUCGGGCGACGCACUCCAUCCUACCUCCCGAUGGGUGGGUCCGGGCAUCGUGGUAAUGCAAACUCCCUCCGUGGUCUGGGUGGCUAUGAGGACGAGACUGUGGAGAUGCUCCCCAGAACAGCUUCGGCCGGCUUUCCCUUCCGAGGUCUUGGGCCGUCAGCUGGCCUCCGACCCAGAGCUCAGUGACCUGCUGAGGCAGGUAGUUUCCGGACGCCAUGCCGGUGCCGUGGAUGUCACCAAGGAGCUCCCGCCGAACAACGAGGAGCAGUUCGCCCCCGUGGAUCGUGGCUCCGAGGUAAUGGGCGGUUCAGCCAUCAGCGAGGCAACCUCUUCGACAAGUCCGGCGCCACUUGAACCACCACAAGCACCUCGACACCCGGUAGAGGUACCACCUGGCCUGGAGAGGCACCUCGAGACCAUACACGAGGACGCGACAUUGAGGCCAGAACUUCAGCAACCACUUCCCAAUGUCGUGGAAUCGAGGAGAUCCUCUAUCCAGGAGCCAGCUCAGGAGCCAGAGGCUACAGGAGACGGCAGGGCACCUUCCGGUUCCGGCGAGCUGCCAGGACUAACUCCCAGAGGAGAAGUCGCCCAGGAGCGGCCACCAAAGGUGCCGCGACUCGAGUCCACCGAGAGCUCCGAGAACACCUCGCGGGCACCCGGCACCCCCAUCCGUCGACUACUACAAGCAGUUCAGAGAGGAAGACGCCAACAGGACAGCGAGAAGCAGCGAGAUGAAUCUCGAAGCCGCUCGCGGACACCCGAAGGAGCUCGGGGUCACGCCGCCGAGGUGGACGGCUCCACAUGGUAUUGCUACCGGGGAGAAACCGGAUGGAACCUAGUGGCAAGCCGAAGUGACGAGGUGAAUGUCAAGAAGCUGUCCCAGGAGGAGCAGGAGAAGUUCCACGCCAGCGACAAGAUCGAGUGGGACGCCAUCUUGAAGACCAAGGCGGUGCGAGUCGUCUACGGGAAGGAGGCGCAGAAGCUCUACCCGGAGCGCAUCCUGGCGUCCCGCAUGGUCAGGAGGAAGAAACCUCUCCCGGGUAUGCAUCAGUGGAAGGCUAAAUCCAGGUGGUGCAUAGCCGGUCACUCAGAUCCCGACACCGAACACCUGACCACCUUUGCCCCUACACCCUCCACGGAGGGGAUGAUGGCUUUCCUGCACACCGGGCUGGGCUUGGGGCAUUCCUUUUCCUUCUGCGACGUCAAGAAUGCCUUCUGUCAGAGCAACCCUCUUCGGCGACCAAGAGGACCGUUGUUUGCACAGCCCACUGACGGGCUGGGACUGCCACCGGAUGCCUUGAUCAUUAUAGACGUCCCGGUGUAUGGUCUGGACGACGCUCCGGCUGCCUGGAGGAGCACCGUCGUGUCCUACCUAGUGGAGCAGAACUUCGUCCGGAACAUCGUCGAGCCCUGCUGGUAUAUGAAGUUCGACCAGGCAGGCAACAACGUGGCCCAGAUCCUCAUCGAAGUCGACGACUUCAUCGUCAGCGCCCAGCCCUCCAUCCAGAAAGAGAUCAAGGAACUUCUACACUCCCGCUUCGUGUUUGGGAAAUGGGAGGAAGGAACCGCCGACUAUGCAGGCAGGAAAGUCUGCUGCCACGAGGAUCGCAUCACCGUGGACCAGGAGAAGUACAUCCUCGAGCAGAUUACCCCAAUUCCCCUUGCCAAGCACCGAAAGGCACUGAAGGAAGCCUCACUCACGGAAGAGGAGUUCCAAGCCAUGCGGUCCGCGGUGUAUAAGAUCAACUGGGUGGCGAAGGAGACGAGGCCGGAGAUGAGCGGCUUGGCGAGCAUCAUGGCAAGCAAGCUCAAGACCGUGGACCCAAGAGACAGCGCCUUCAUAGCUGUCUCUGAUGCGGGAGGCGUGGGGGUGAAGCAUGAGGUCGUGGACGACGAGGGCCUGCCCACGGACCACACCCAGGGAGCCUGGGUGGUCUUGAUUGCCGAGGAGCUCCCACUCGGAAACCGACGAGUGCGUGCGUCACCCAUAGCAUGGCGCAGCUCCAAGCUGAAACGCAAAGUGUUCUCCACCUUUGGUGGCGAGACGCAGGCCAUGCUACAGGGUAUCUCCGAGAUAGACUGGAUACAAAUUAUGGUCCGAGACGCCACAGCCCACGACGUGAAGCUGAAGGAGUGGCGCAACUCCCUCUCCCCGCACAUGUUGGUGAUGAGGAGCGAUUGCGAAAUGAGGCUUCGACAACCUCAAUGUGCCGUCACGGAUGCCAAGUCAUUGUACGACUGUAUCUUGAAGGAGCACCCUCAGGGCAAGCAAGAUCGCCGAAGCUCACUUGAGCUGGCGAUUAUCGUCAAGGACCUGCAGGAGACCCGGUCUACAGUCCGCUGGGUUCCCCACCAGAAGAUGUUGGCGGACGCCAUGACCAAGCCGGAUCCGCUCAAAGCCAACGGUGCUCUGGAACAGAUGCUGAAGACUGGAGUCUUCAGCCUAGUGGACGUGAGUGAGGAGCUGGCCAAUCGAGCCAGCGAUUCCAGAUUUCGAGCCAGAAGCCACGGUGCUUCUGCAGCCCGCCUUUUGCGGGAGUACGAACAGUCAGGAUACCUGACGUCUGACAAGCUGCUGACCGAACGCGCUGGCUCAA